AGAUCAUGGAGAAACUCGUCGAAAUUUCCACAUUUCGAUUUUCGGCAGCUAAAAUCCACGAUGCAAACUUACUAUUUCAAGUUAGCUUUUCUGUUUAGAACAGCACAAGCUCUGGAUAAUGGAGUUGGAAGACUUCCAAAAAUGGGCUACGAUACCUUUAACGCCUUUGGUUGCGAUUACAAUCAGGAUAUUGUCCUUCAGCAGGCCGAGGCCAUGGUUAAACUUGGCUUGGUAGAUGCCGGGUACAACUCCAUCAUCUUAGACGAUUGCUACACAUUGAAGGCCCGAAGCACGGAUGGAUCUCUCGUCGCUGACCCAGACAAGUGGCCGGAUGGCUUGAAGAACUUCACAGUAACUAUCAACUCAAUGAAUAUCAGUGCCUCUGCAUACUCGGAUAACGGCUAUCAGACCUGUGCCGGUUAUCCUGGAUCUUAUGGGCACGAGUUGCAAGACCUGAUCACCUGGCAAGAGUGGGGUUUCGAUUAUCUCAAGUACGACAAUUGCUACAUUCCCUUUGACAACGUCACCCAGCAAAAUCUGUUCGGACGCUAUCAAUUAAUGGCAGACGCAGUUGCCCAAGUAGCAGCCUCUACGGGACGGCCGCCAUUCCAGUAUUCUCUGUGUGAAUGGGGAUGGCAACAGGUCUUUGUGUGGGGACCCAAAAUCUCCCAAUCAUGGCGAAUCAAUGGUGACAUCAAACCCUGGUGGUCCUCAAUAACAAGUAUUAUCAAUCAGGCUUCUUUUAGUUGGUGGGCCUCAGACUUCUAUGGCCACAAUGAUAUGGACAUCCUGGAAGUUGGGAAUACUGGGACAGGCACGCCUGUUGGUAAUCUAACGUACGACGAAGCAAAGACUCAUUUCACUGCUUGGGCCUUAUUGAAGUCACCACUUAUUAUUGGAACUGACCUAUCGCAUGUUAGUAGUCAAACGGUCGACAUUCUGAUAAACAAAGAUUUGAUCAGGAUUAAUCAGGAUCCUAAUGUUGGCCAAUCUAUCUCGCCUUUCCGUUGGGGAUUGAACCCCGAUUACACAUCAGAUUCUGACCAUCCUGCGCAAUUCUGGUCUGGUAACUCCACCUAUGGUGUCGUGAUUAUGCUCCUCAAUACUCUCGACACUACACAGGAUAUGUCAUUCAAUCUGACGGAAUCGUGGGCACUACGUGCAGGGAGGCAAUACAGGGUUUACGAUAUGUGGAGCCACGCUGAUGUCGGGAUCGCUGUUCGCAACUGGACAGCCACCGUUCCAAGACACGGUGUUGCGGCCCUCCUCUUGAAUGAUGAUGGACCGGAGCCUGAAGUUUCGUUUCCGCACUGCGGAUUCUACUACCAAUGUUCCUUCCCUAAUGGCACCUACUCUUCAAAUUGAGAUCUGAUUUGAGUUCCUUUGGGUGCUAUGAGAAGUAAUUUGGAUAAAUCGAAAUCAUCUUGACGAAGACCCUCUAUCGUAUUGAACACAAAAUCACGUUCUGAAAACAAUAUGACAUCGGCUCUCACGAGCUGCUUAUUGAAGGACUGGCUCCCUAUUGCAAUGCUACUCUUCAAAAACAUGGGUAAUUUUCCAGCCUCCUUGAGAAAUGUUUGCCAAUGUUCUUGUUGAGGAAUAGACUAAACGGUUGAUUAGCCAUUCUAUUCCUAAAAAGACGU